AUGCACAAAGUAUCUUGGUCCACUACUCUGAAGAUCUACCCAGUACAGUCGGCCAACGUUCGUCUGACUUUCGAUGAACACGUAAAGGCACACCUGAAUAAAUACAUUGCCGAUCUUAAUGGUCUUCUGCUGAAGGUAGAUAAAUCCUCGUUACGACUGGUACCACCGGCUGAUCUGAGCGGAGAAUACUACUGCAGCAAGGAUGGUCGCACUUGCCUGACACGUCUUCCCCCAGAGCUGCCAUGUGCCCUAGUGCGAGCCGAGGCAUUAGCUACUGUCUUCCGGCCGAGAAUCGGUCUGCGUCUAGAGGCCACGGUCAAUCUAUCAAAACGGCAUUUUCUUACUUGCCGUUACGACUGUGGUGAUGGACCAAUCAGUGUUACCGUGCCCAGACCGGCUGACGGUAAGGGAGAAUUCAUUGACGAAGGAGGUGCUAAGUUGGCGGUCCAUCCUGGAGACAAGGUGACGCUUGAAGUUGUGCAGAUUGUUCAUGCAGCAGGGAGCCUUAUAAUUAAAGGUAAACUUCUAAAUGUUUUGGAACAUGGCUCGGCGUUGGUUGGCGGUAAACGAAAGAAUCUUACUGACAGCGAGGAAGCGGCGGUAACAGAAGCAGAAACUGUGACGCCACUCAAGAAGAAAAAGAAGAAGAAGAGACUGACUCCACUCUCCGAUGAUCAACACCCCGAAAAAACUUCCCCAGAUGACGAAGAAGAGGCGAAUAAAAAUAAUGUUCAGACGACAUAUGAAACGUUACCUGAACUGCCAACCAUCGUGACUUGUGAAAAGAAGAAGAAUAAAAAGAAAAACAAGCUUCAGUCCGAUUUGGCGGAUCGCCAGCAGCAACCGGGGCAGCGGGAAAAAGAAGAAGAAGAAGAGUCUGACAUUUUACGAGAAACUCCGGUUAAAGUUGAACCUGUUACCGACACAGAAACAACAUCCCCAAGUCUUUUGAAUAAUUCGCACCAAAAACACUGCCACCGCAAUGUUACGGGUGUAGCACUUAAAGCAUUACCGGACGACUGCACAGGCGAAGGAGAGAACAGAACUAGUGCUGAACCUAGGUCCACUUACCCGGAGGCAAUUACAGUUAAACAGGAACCAGGAAUUACUAGCGCCCAAGAACACAAGCCCAGCGAGCGUGACCGGAGUCCGGACCUCCUCUCAGAUUCGGAGGACUCCUACCCAGACAACCCUAAGUCAGAAGGCUUGUAG